AAAUUAAAUAAAAAACUUUAAUAUUCUAUCAAAACAAUAAAGAAGUAUGAGUGAGGUAAAUUUCAACAACAUUUUUAAAUAAUAACUCUCUAGCUCUAUUGAUGUUAACAGUCCUUUUUAGGAACCAUAAUUACAUAAUUUAUUUCAGAAAAUAAAUGAAAUGGUCAAUUAAAUUUAACAGAAUUAUGAUAAAAAAGUAGAUUUUAGAAAAAGUGAAUCUCCUAAAAUGAUUGUCAAUUGUUUUGCUGAAGCUAUUAACUCCAUUUAUACAAGUGUAUAGACAAUAGAGUCAUAAAAAUAGUAACUAAAUUAAGCCAAAGCAGAAUUAGAAAAGGCAAAAAAAACCAUAAGCGAAUUAAAAGCUAAUAAGGACUCUCUUUAAACUGCCUUAAACUAGUAAGAAUAGGGCUUCCAUGAUAUUUUUUUACAAAAGUAAACUGAGAUAAACUAGCUGAGAAAUGAGAUAGAAGAAUUACAAAAAAAAAAGAAAUACGACGAAAGUAAUGAUUCGGAUAAAUAGUAUGACAUAACUGUUGAUAUAAAAUCGUUAGUGAAUAUCUAAAAAGAGCCUAUCAGAGUCAUUUAUUCUUAGGAGAGAGGAAUAACUAAGUAAUGUUUAGAAGAAAUGGAGCACUGCUCAUUUGUAGCGAUUCUAGGAUUGAAAAAUAAAGGAAAAACUUUCCUACUAAAUGAGCUAAACAAUGAAAACUUUCCAUCAGGAUAUCACUACUCAACUUCUGGCAUCAGUGUGAAAAUUGAUAACUCAGAUAGAAAUAAUAUCAAAGUUUAUCUGGAUUCUGAAGGAAUCAAUAAACCUGCUAGAUAUAAUUGGAGUAAUGAUUCUGAUUUUUAGGACUAUAUUAAGUUAAAGUAGGAGAAUGAUGAUGCCUCAUGCAAUUAUGCAGAGAGUUAGUUUAAGAGGAAUUUCUAAACUAAAGUGACAGAAAAAUUUUAAGAUAUAAAGAGCACAGAACAAAUUUAAAUGCAGUUUUUGCUUGAGCACUCAGAAACUAUUAUUAUUGUUGUAGGAAUUAUUUCUUUGGAAGAACAAAAAAUUAUUUCUGUCAUUAGUGAAAUGUUCGAUAAAGAUAUUAUAGUUGUUCAUAACUUAAAAGAAUACUCAAGAUGCGAACAUGUAAAAAAUGAGAUAGAAAACAAUCUUUAUGAUUUGUUCCCUCUAGAACGUAGAGGAAUUCAACUUUUUAACAAGGCAGGUGAAGAAAAUGAAUUUGUUUAUCAAGAUCAAAGAAAUGAAAGAGUCUUCCAUUGCGUAUUGGCCAAAAAAGAUACUCCCGCAGGUGAAUUUUACAAUAAGUUUUCUUAUGAUUACAUCAAACAAAAAAUAUAGCUAAAUGAAAACAAGAAAUCGAUGAAUAUUGCCUAAGAUUUUUCAAACUUCCUUAAUAAGUGUUUACGUGAUUUUCUAGAUAUAGGCUACUCUUCUCAAGAGAAAAAGAAUCUUAAGGUUCCACUUUCAGAUGUGCUUCUAAGCAUCGAAGAGAAAGAAACCUGUGAUGAAAUAACCCUUCUCCCAGAAUAUGAAAUUUAAGGAACCAAAGACAUUCUUUUAGAUGUUUUUGGUAGAUUUAGAAACAUGAUUAAUUACUCCAUCCAUUUGUAGGGUUAUAAGAAAAUACUUGAAAUAGAACUUCCAGGAGAUACCAAGUUGACAAAAGCUUCUCUUAUAAAAGAAGAUGAGUAUUAAGUCAUGGUUAUUUAGGCGAAUAAAUAAAUAGUGUACUAAGAUUAAUAAGGAAUUUAAGAAAUAUUUAACAACAGAAAUCUUGGGUAGGUCUACCACAAAAUUAAAGUAGGAAAAACAACAGAAAAUUUAAAAAUAACCAAAAAAUUUACUGAAAAAAGAGGUAUCUACACUUGCGAGUUCGAAAUAACUAAACCAGAAUACACUUUAAGCAUAGAAUAAUAAAAUAAAUGAAAUAAUCUACAAAAAAGUCAUUUACAAUUUUUAUAUUGAUUGGCAAGUAAUAUUAAAUUGCAUCUAUUAAUAAAUAAAUGUGUGGUGUUUUCAUAAUAUUUUUAUGUGUGUUUAUUUUUUUUUGAUUAAAUUACACAUUUUUUUUU